AUGGCUACCCAAGCCAACACCCCUUCUCUCUGUUACACUCAUAAACUUCAAUUCUUUCUCCAUAAUCCCAUUCCUGCUUCCAUUUCACUUGUUGGUAAUGGCUGCAGGGGCCAAAAGAAGCCUCUCAAUCUCAGUUGCAGCUCCGUCGGCGAUGAUGAUUAUUACAUAGAUGCUGAUUAUCAAGUGGGUGAUGGCUUCUCUUUCAGUGGAGGAAAGUAUUCAGAUGGACCAAGCCCUUCUGAUGAAUGGUUCAAGCAAGGGAAGAUAGUGAAAGCUUAUACUUCUCUUGGUUCCGGCGAGAAGGCGAAAGAUCCAAUCUUUGGACUUGCAAUGGGUGCUGAUUCUCAGGCAGCUGCUGAUGUUUUCAGAUGGUUUUGCGUUGAAUCCGGAAGUGCUGAUAAUCCUUCAGUUAUACUGAUUCAUGGCUUACCUUCUCAGGCGUACUCUUACCGCAAGGUUCUUCCCAUACUUUCUAAAUCCUAUCAUGCCAUUGCGUUUGAUUGGUUAGGCUUUGGAUUUUCAGAUAAACCUCAACCCAAGUAUGGCUUUGACUAUACUCUCAAUGAGUAUGUAACAUCCUUGGAGUCCUUAAUCAAUGAAGUUGCUGUUGGAAAGGUCUCACUCGUUGUCCAGGGAUACUUCGCACCGGCAGCUGUUAAAUAUGCCAGCACACAUCAGGAAAAGAUUGACAACAUUAUACUCUUAAAUCCUCCACUAACAGCAAAGCAUGCAAACCUUCCUUCAACCUUGUCCGUAUUCAGCAACUUUUUGUUAGGUGAAAUCUUCUCUCAGGAUCCUUUAAGGGCAAGUGAUAAAACCUUGACAAGUUGUGGGCCGUAUCAAAUGAAAGAGGAUGAUGCCAUGGUGUACAGAAAUCCUUACCUCACAUCUGGAGCUUCUGGGUUUGCAUUGAAUGCAAUCAGCAGGGACAUGAAGAAACAUUUGAAGAAAUAUGUGGAGGAAAUGAGGACAAUACUAACAGAUGAGAAUUGGAAAGUUCCAACUACAAUAUGUUGGGGAAAAAGAGACCGCUGGUUGACUUAUGAUGGAGUAGAGGAUUUCUGCAAGGAUUCAAGGCAUAGGCUUAUAGAAAUUCCAAUGGCUGGUCAUCACGUCCAGGAGGAUCGUGGUGAAGAACUUGGACAAAUCAUUUACGAUGUCAUCAGAAAAAGGAGAUUUGGUUUAUGAUGCUCUUUCAUUGCUUAAUUGUUUUAGAUUUUAUUAAUCGAAGGAACAUCAUAUAUAAUUUCUCUGAU